AGUUAUUCAUCGAUCUGCCAUUCUUUUUUAAAUGUCUCCACCAUUUCCAAUAUGCAAACUUCCAUCAUUACCACUCAAAGAGGCACUUGAUGGUAUACCGACCUAUGAUUUGUUCACUCUUUGUUUCACGUCUCAAAAAACGAAACAACUUAUUAAAAGAAUCAUCAGAAAUUUUGAAGAUCGCGAAAACGAAUGCAAAGCAACUAGAGUAAAAGUAAACAUUGAUGUACAACCUGAUUACAUUGAAGUAUUCGAUGAUUUCUCCGAAAAACGAGUGCUCUACAGAGGAAAUUACAUGAAACAAGCUCUGGGAACUGUCAAAUGUUCAAUGCAUAUUCAUACCUUUGAACUCGAAGCGCUCUUCAUUAAUAGUCAUCGAAAGGAUAUUGAAGUUGAACUCCGUCAGCUAUUAAAUUUUCUGAAAACGGAGGCUCUACACUUACCUAGAUUAAAAUUCAAGCAUGAACACAUAUCCAGCAAACUUUUAAAACGUAUCCUAAAAUUCGAUGUGUAUUAUUUGGAUAUUCGUGUCAUCAAGCCAAAGACCAUGAAAUGUGCCAACUGGAAGGUCCUCAGCAAGUACAUUUCUGUCAAUUUAGAAGGUAUCAAUAUUUCCAGUAAGCAAGCCAACAAGUUUCUGAAAAAGCUGAAGGAAAAAGGAAGACUAAUGUCAUUUUCGGCAACCAACAUGAAGAGCAGUCUUGUACCAUCUGCAGUUGUGAAGGGUACGAGGUCAAUGGAAAAUAUGGAAAUUUCGGAUUCAGCAGAAGUGGAACGUCGCUCUGUGUUCAAUUGCUUUAGGCCUUCAUUUGUAAAGCCAGAGUACAAGUUCAUGAUGAGGAUCACUGAUUAUUGGAACGAGGACAUUGUAAUUUGGAAACAUGGCUUUAAAUUUACAUUUACAGAUCGUAAUCUUCCUUUUUUUCCUAAUCUUCCUGUGUCUUCCUGUUGCUGUAUCAAUGUCAAUUAAAAAAUAAACAU